AUGUGUAUGAAAAGGAGAAGCCAAGAGGGAGGACUUCUUGACUUGGUUCCUGACAUAGGCAGACUAGAAAGACAGAGUAAAGCAGAAGCACAAGCUAGAAAGUUGAAAGAAAGAGAGGAUAUGGAACAUCCUCAAGUUGUACCACCAGUUGUAAACCUCAACAAUGCUAACCCUUUUCCACUGAGGGAGCAUGUUUAA